CCGUCACGUGACGCGGCGGGGGCCCGGCGGGCGGGGUAGGAGGGUCCCGGUGGUUCCCGGUGGGUCCCGGGGAUGCGGUGGCGGCUCCUGCUGCUGCUCAGCGCCGCCGCCGGCUGCUGCUGGGGCCUCGCCGCGGGCAAGACGCUGCGGGGCGGCUUCGCCAGCGCCGCCGCCCGCCGGGAGCCGUGGCGGCCCGUGGCGCGCUUCCAGUUCCACGGUGACCAUGCUCUUCUGUGCGUCAGAAUCAAGAACACAGCAGUAGCUGUGGCAAAAGCAGCUAGACUUCACCUCUUUCAAGGACAGGAAUGGCAGAAGCUGGAGAACAGUGUCCAAGAUCACAGCUGUACAGAGAAGUUCUCUAAAGCUCAGCUGACAAUGACUGUGAACCACACAGAGCAAAAUCUGACAGUGUCCCAGAUUCCUUAUCCGGAAACAUGGUAUGUGUUUUAUGUAGACAAGUUUACCUGCGAAGAGAAUUAUUCUGAAUCCGAGGAUAUUCAGUUUGAAAUGGUCUUACUAAACCCAGAUGCAGAAGGGAAUCCAUUAGAUCACUUUAGCGCAGGGGAAUCUGGAUUACAUGAAUUCUUUUUCCUGCUUGUCCUAGUAUACUUCAUAACUGCUUGCAUAUAUGCACAAUCCCUGUGGCAAACAAUUAGGAAGCGUGGACCUAUGCAUGGUGUAUUAAAGGUGUUGACAAUUGCAUUACUGUUGCAGGCUGGUUCAGCUUUUGCCAACUACCUGCAUUUCUCAAGUUAUUCUAGAGAUGGGAUAGGAGCUCCUUUUAUGGGAAGUCUGGCAGAAUUGUGUGACAUAGUCUCACAGAUACAAAUGCUGUAUUUAUUGUUGAGUCUGUGUAUGGGCUGGACAAUAGGCAGAAUGAAGAAAUCUCAUGGCAGACCUCUUCAGUGGGAUUCCAGUCCAGCGUCUACCGGCAUUGCUGUAGUAGUUGUUGUUACACAGAGCAUUUUGUUAAUUUGGGAGCAGUUUGAAGAUACAAAUCACCACAGCUACCAUUCGCACCAUGGCUUGGCGAGCGGGCUGCUCAUUGGCCUCAGAGUCUGCCUAGCUCUGUCCCUGGCUGCUGGGCUGUACCAGAUUAUCACAGUGGAGAGAAGCACACUGAAAAGGGAGUUCUACAUCACCUUUGCCAAAGCCUGCAUUCUCUGGUUUCUGUGCCACCCAUGUCUUGCAACCAUCACUGUAAUAUUCAGAGAAUAUCAAAGAGAAAAGAUUAUUACCAUAGGUGUUAUCCUCUGUCAGUGCAUCUCCAUGGUUAUCCUCUACAGACUUUUUCUAUCUCAUAGUCUAUAUUGGGAAGUAUCAUCACUGUCAUCAGUGACAUUGCCACUAACAAUAUCCUCUGGACAUAAAAAUCGACAUCACUUCUGAGAUGUUUAGGAAGAAUACAUUAUGUAAUAAAUGUGCAAUAAUGACUUGAAUAUACAGAUAUUUUUGUCACAAGUGUAUGAUACAUUGGUUUCACUGGAAAACUGAGUGAUAAUAUCAAAGCACUUCACAGACCUUUAGUCUGACAAGAUUUCUAGAUUAAUGUGUUAAAAAUAUUGUGGAGUGUAAAAAUCCAUAAUUUGAAGAGUUUUAUAGAUACUCUUUAACAAGUGGUGCUGAGCUGUAUCACAGAAGAGUACAAUGAAUCUUUUCUCUCCCAUUCACGGACACCAAAAAUGCCACUACUUUGUGUCAAUACCAGGUUUGAAGGUCUUAUAAAAUGGAGUUCUUAAAACAUCUACAUGCUCAAACAAGUUUUAAAUAGGACAGUUGUGAAACUGGUGUGAUGCAUAACGAUGACUAAAAGGGGUUUUGUAUUUUUAUGCUUUAGAGAAAAUGCAUUUUAGUGUAGAAAAUGCAUUGCAGUGUAGAAGAUGGGGAAAGAAAGAAGGGAGAAUCAUCUAGAAAACAUAUGUAAAAUGUUCACAACUGUCUGCAAGAAACUUUCCUUUAUCAUGAGUAUAAAAGAAAAGCCUUUUUUUGCAUCUAAUGUUCAUACUGGUUAAAAUCCUAAUGGGAAUGUAAAUAGGGUUUACGUCUUCCUUUUAAAAAAAAAAAAAGAAAAUGUAACUAAAAAUUUCAUCUAGUAACCAAGGUUUGAACAGUUUUUGAGGCUUGGAGUACAUAGCAACAUGAAGGUAAUUAAAACAGCAGCCUUGCAUCUUUUAAAGGAGGAAAAAAAAGGCAAAGAAAAUGGAAUGGGUGAUGUGGUACUAGAAUUUUAAUCCUGAUAUAAUUCAUUUCUGUUACAUUGAGGAUUCAAUCAUAAUUAAGCCAUAUACACAGAUUAAAUUAACAGAAGCAUUUCAAAUAAAUGUUGGUUUCAGUCAUCAACUACCCAUGAAUUCCUGCCCAAGGAUACUUAAUCAGGAUUAAAUUUUCUAUGAAUAAUUGAAAAACAAAAUACUCACUGGAUUUGUUAUAAUCCAUGUUGGCACUGGGUUCUAAGUAGUUGCCAUCUUCCAUCCAUUGUAAUAAAGCCAUUCUACUUUGUGAUGCCCUAGCAUCCAGAAAGCCAGUGUAAAUAUAUACUUUAUUGAAGUGCCUAUUUAUAGAGUAUGAUUAAAUCAUGCUGACAUUUUUUUUCUUUCAUAAUAAGAGCAUACCUAUUGCUAUUGUGAGUGAAAUUUUUCAUUUUGGAUUUAGCUUUGUUUAAACUUCAUACAUGUGUGUUUCUUCACAAAAUUAUUUUAUUUUCUAGUAAAUCAUUGUUGGUUUCUUCCUAACAGUGUGUAUUUGAUUAUGUCUCUGUGAAAAUGUGAAGACACUGGUUCUAGCUUUAAAAUUGCCCUAAGUUUUCCAUUUAUCUGCCUCAGUUGUGAGCGUAGUUGAAACAUAAGUCUGUUCCAUUUUAGUUUAGAGGCAAAACUAGAUAUUUGCCUUUGACUAAGGCAAAAUGGCAACAUGACAAAGUUGCUCAUUAAAUCAUCUCCUUUCUUAUUGUUUGUAAUUCAGAUCAAGAAUGGCAGGUUGAGGCUAGAAAAGAUGAGAUAUUAUGAUUUCACACCAUAUUUAGAAUGAUUAAAAGAUUAAUUAUUACAUUCCUCUGAUAACCACAUAAAAAUAUUAUUGGUUAAAACUUAAGUCUUUAUUUCCUUGCUUAUCUCUGUACUUUUCAUCUUCUCAAGAAAAAAAGCAUUCUGGUUAUGAUAAGUCUCCAAUAAUGUAGUAAAAGAGUUCAAUCUGUCCUCAUGUAUAAGACUUCAAAUUCACACAUAAAAUAGAAUUUUCUGAUAGGCACAAGUACUGCUUUACGGUUUAUGAUCCAUUAUGAUAAAAGUUUUAAUCUAUGCAAAAAAAAUUCUAUGUGACUUUCAGAAGAGGCACUCCAUUUGUUUUGUUCUCCAGAAGUACUGUCUUACUUCCUGUAGUUCUUCUGACUUGACUUGGUCAGUAUUAUGAUACCAUUUACCUUAUUUUCACUUUAUAGAUACACCCCACAACAAAUCAUGGUUCAUUAGGGCAAGCAUGAAACAUAAGGUGUUGCCUUUUGCAUCUUUCCCACAUUGCCCCAUAAGUCAACAGGUAACAUUAGUUUCUUAGUUUGGCAUUGGAUCCAGUUACUUGGAAAUAAAUUUUAAUUUUGCUAUUAAUGUACUGUAGCAAUGAAGUAUCACUUUUUCAUGCAAAGUAGUACAAAUGGUCUCUUAGCAGAUAAGCAGUGCUCACCAGUUUGGUGUUAUUAGCUAAUAAAACAGUAUGUCAAAGUGAGGUACUGUAGCAGUAUGUCACUAUGACUGCAGUAAUAUUCAGUUAAUUUGGUGCAGGAUAUCUUGGGGAAGUGGGAAAUCUUCAAGUAUGACUAAUGGACAAAGUCUCAUACUUCACCUGUACUCUGCAUUGUAACUUACGGCCUCUGAUCAUGCCAGAGGAGUGGUUCAAGUGUGUAAAAGUCUCUCUCUUCUUUCUAGCUUGUAUCUCCUGGGAGAACAGCUGAUAAGACCUUGCUUUUUUCGUGCUUAUCCACACUGUUACCCAUUCUAUCAAUUUGAUUUUCUAACUUCAUCUUAAAAAAAUAGCUUCCAGCCUUCUUCCAGUUGUCCUCAAUCUGUAUCCCAACUUGAAAACUGUACUUCUAAAAUGUGCUGUCACCCAAAAACAAAAAAAAAGAUACUCAUUUUCUGUCACACACUGAGGCUUUUGUAUGCAUCAGCUGGUGUUGUGCCCUACAUCAGGACUGCAUUAGGUGACAGCAGUGGACAAAAGCGUUCCUCCAGUGCCCCCAUAGCUCCCAUCUGUACGAGGCAUGGGUUUGUGCUUGCUGAAAGCUGCCAUGCACCUGAGGAAUGUUUGGGGAGAGCUUCAGGAGUUCCAGGCUCCCUGACACCUCACUGCUGCAUGGGCCGAAGCAGGGUCCCCCUGAGGGCAGCACUGCCCAUGCUGACCAUGGUGAGCAGCACUGUCGAGGUCAGAGGACAUCUCACCUGAGAGUUUCUGUGCGUUAUGCAGUUCUGUUUUAAAUAAAGAUGGGGUUACUGUGUCUGCUCA